AUGCCUUCCACCUCUCCCGGCUCCUUGUCCCUCGAUCUCGAUGCGCCGACUGCCUUCUCGCUCAUCUUGCCUGGCGCUCCGACCGAGUCUCUGCAAGCCACAACCACCUUCAUCUACAGGUUCAAACGAUACGUGGCAUAUAUCGCUGGCAAGCAACUGAAUAUACUCAAUGCACCGAACACGCUUGUUCAGGCAGUCACCUUCAAGCAUGACCUGGUCGCGAUAGCAGCACAUGAAAAUACAGGCAAGCUCAGCGUCGCGAGCAAGAAGGAGGCAUGGGUAUUAGAGCCUUUGACUGAAGGCUGGACAAGAGUCUGGUGGGAAACGUCAUUGCUGCUUCGACGAGAGGAUGAGGGGGAGGGCGAUGAAGCACGCUGGCUGAGUUGGGGCCGUGAAGGGGAGCUGUUGGUGGCAGGUAGUCGACUGCUGGAUCUGUUCUCUACUGGUCCAGCAUCUCGCACGACUUCGCCACGAACUUCUGCCGUCGACGAGGAGACUUACGAGGAGAGGAGAGCGUUAUGGUCCAAAGCUGUCGCGUCUCCCAUCCGACAAGCAGAAUUCAGUCCAAGCUCGUCUCUCAUUGCGACGUGCUCUGAAUAUGACCGACUCGUCAAGAUCUGGCGCAGACUGUCAUUCGAAGACGGACUUUUCGACCACACAUACCUACCACAUCCAGGAGCUGUGACACAUCUCCAAUGGAGGCCGAUACAUGACGAUUCUGAAGAACGUCGGAUGAGUGGCAUUAGCAGGAGACAUGAGGAAGACCCCGAAGUACUUUACACGAUUGCUAACGAUGGCGUCCUUCGCGUGUGGCGCACUGGAGGAGUCCAUGACAUUGACAUCUUGCUCCUACACACCUCCAUCGAUCUUGUCGCCGCCAUCCCUGAUUCUCCAAGUGUGUCUGCCAAAGGCAAUUCUAACACAGUGAGGCCUGCACGAUAUGCAGUGAUGAUACCAUGCACAAAAUUUACUGCCGCAGUCAACGCUGCCCUUGGCAUUUCUCUUGGCGGCAAGACAAGCCAUUCCAAGGAGUUUCUCAAGGAGUUGGUUUCCAAAGACCUCGAUGUUGUUAUUGCAUUUGAUGGACAAGGAAGAAUGUCAGCUUGGGGACUUCAGAGCAUUGGCCACAAACGGCGGCCGGAAACUCCAACACAAUUGCAACCGUACCACAUCGCACACGCAGAGGGACUAUCGAUGAAACUUCAGAACAACACACCUGCAGUCAGCACUUGCUGGUUUCAGGACGACCGACUUCACCUGCUCUCUCAUGCAUUUGCCAAACGCGGCGAGGUCUCGUGGUGGCAGGGUGCUGUCGAGACUUUCUUCUCGCCUUCUGCACCUGGCGCAGACAGGCUAUCAAGAGUGAGCAAGUGGACAGGUGCUGCUCUCUCCGAAUGGGCUGUAUCACAGCGACAGUCGUCGAUUGACCUUCGCACGAUCUGCAGCAAAGAUGAUGACGAAGUCAUACACGCCAUCCCUGUCACUCUUCCUUUCGACCCCAGUCAGAAUUGCAUCGUCAGCUUAACCAGAAGCGGAGUUGUGGCGUGUAGCUUAGUGCUUGAAGGAACGGCUCAGACCUCUUUCGAGCCUUUUGCUACGUUCGAAACCGAAGUGCCGGAACCUGGUGUGUUCGCUGCAAGUGCGGAGUUUGCCGCUCUCCUCUCACAAGACUUGACGUUCUUGACAAUCAUCGACCUCACGGACGGCUAUCUUGAGCACCAGCAACAGCUUGACGCUUCUGCGACACAUCUCAAGUGUUUUACAUCCUCUGCGCGGAACAACUUCCUUGCUGUUGGCUAUGAUACUGUGGUUGACAUUCUUGCCCAAGGAUCGUACCAAGAUCACGUCUGGCAGACCGUGAAGCGAGUGUCAAUUGCUGGGCUUGGACUACAGCUGGAGCACGUUGCAUGGACGAUCGAAGGCGGUCUUGCUUUGACUGCCGGUAAUGGGAUCUUCAUCGCUGGGCCCGAGAUUGAGCUCAAACAGCUCGAUGCUACCACUCAGCGGCGUGUAGGACCGGUAGAAGGAGAAGCAAAGAUCCCUCUGCCGCACCUUGCACAACGUCUUAAACAACCAUUACCAACAUGGCACCCCACCGUCUUGGCCGACAUUGUCCGCCAUGGUCAUUAUACGACAGCAUUGACUCUGAUUGCGAAACUGGCUCGGCAGCUCAAGUUCUACAGCAGUGGCGAUGAUCUAUCGCCAGUCCUUGAUGAGGAUGUUGAAGCGCUGAUGUAUCGACAUGCCGCCUCUGAAAUCUCAAUUGGAAAGGAUAUGGUCGACGAUCUGAAGGAACAGCUUGAUGAGAAAGACCUGCCUCUUCUCUCAUCGAACGAGCAAAAGCGCCUGGCUCAUGUCAUCGAUGCUGUGGUCUACGUCAAAGAUCAUGUGAACGGCCUCGACACUAACGCGUUGCGAUACUUGUUCGAAUGGAAGUUGCAGAUUUUGCAGCACCACGCCAAUACAGCUGCAGCAAAUGGCUCGCCAGAGCCAAAUGGCCUCCCUCAUGCAUUCGUACCAGAGAUGCAGUGGCGCGAGAUCACCCUGGCAUACCACAGCACCACACAACAACCAUUGCUGGACAUCCUGAUUUUGCACCAUGACAAUAGAAUGAAUUGGCACGCCGCGCGGUUACUUGGCGUGACUACUUGGGUGAGAGAUAGACAAGCACUGGAAAGCGUCUUUGAACAGCUCGGCCAGACUUCCUAUCGCUCAUCGCAGCCACCCGAUCCUGUCAACGCGUCGAUUUACUAUCUCGCACUACACAGGAAAGCCACGCUACUUGCACUUUGGAGGAUAGCGACCUGGCAUCGAGAGCAGAGGACGACUGCAAACUUUCUCAAGCGCGACUUCCAUCAAGCAGAAGCCAAGACUGCAGCAAGAAAGAAUGCAUACGCGCUCAUGGGCAAGAGACGCUUCCACUACUCUGCUGCUUUCUUCCUUCUUGCUGACGAUCCUGCUUCAGCGAUCAAUGUACUUGCUGGCCAGUGCGAGGACGUUCCCUUUGCAAUUGCUGUUGCACGUCUUUACUGCGGCGAUGGUUCUUCGACCCUUUCCAAACUGCUUGUAGACAGGGUUGUUCCGCAAGCAAAGAAAGACGGCAAUAGGUGGCUCAUGAGCUGGUGUCAUUUCGUCUUUAACGAGCCUGUGAAAGCAGCAGAGAGUCUUGUCGAGCCGCUUGAUGGCAUUCGAAAGUGGACACAGGACGACCCAACAACGCUUAUUUUGUAUAAGCAGUUGAGAAACUUGCCAAGCACGAACGAGUACGACGCCGUCCUCAGGGCCGCAAGGGUGCUGAGAAAGAAGGGUGAAUGGCUCCUUGCCCUGGACUUGGUGCAGCGCUGGGAGUUCAAGAGUGCUCAGAGUCAAGCGCGGCCUAUUCAGGAGCCGCAGACCAAUGGAGUAGUCAAUGGAUUUCAUGAAGAAUUGCCCGACAGGACUUCAGCCUCGACGCCCGUUCUCUCGUCUGAGCCGCAAUCGCUCCUCGAUAGCUUCGCGGAGCCGAAGCCAGCACAGCCGGUCAACGAAAAGGCAUCUCGUGAAGCAAAAGCAGCCGAGCUCUUAGCCAAGCUGAAAGCGAGGAAGGAAGCUCCGAUCGCAUCUGCGCCAUCAACAGAAAAGACGAAGCCGGAGCCAACACAAUUCAAGGAACCUGAUGCCAAUUCUCUCUUGGAUACUUUUGGCUUCUAG